AAAGUUUUGUUAAGAACCGAGUUUAUCUCGUCAUUCUCCACAACAUCUUCGUUUCCCUUGACCUAUAAAUUCUCACUCUUCCCUUACUUUACCUUUGCACCAAAACCCUUGUUUCCCCCUCUCUCUCUAAAACUCAACCAUGGAAGACGACGAUGAGUUCGGAGAUCUUUACACAGACGUCCUUCGUCCCCUUACCACGCAGUUUCAGCCGCAACACGAAGAAGCCGGCUCCUCCGCUCCUGGCGGAAGGGCGGCGGCGGCGUCGUCGUCACAGGGCCGCCGGAUCGAUCUCAACAUCAACAGCGAUGACGAGGAGAUUUUAUACGGAGCUCCCGAUUUGAAGAAAUCGGAUUCGAAUUCGAAUUUAAAUCCCAGCAGCUCUGCCCUCCGAUGGAAUUUGAAUGCCCCGAUUCAAGAAAAAGCCCUUCCCGAACCGAGGGGGUUCGAUUUGAAUCUAAACUCGGAUUUAGAUUCCGCGAAGAUUGUUGGAAUAGCUGAAAAUAGAGCCGACGAUUUGGCGUUUGAUGAAGCUAGGGUUUCCAAGAAGGGCGAGGGUGUGAAAUCGCCACCCCAGAAGGCAUCUGGUGGGUCGAUUUUCUUGGAGAAUGACGACGAUGAUGAUAUCAACAUCAUCGUGGAAGAAGGGGAGAAUAAAGACGAUGACUUUCUGGAGAAAGACGAUGAUGCCGAUAUUUCCGGAACCGGAAAGGAGCCUGCUAUUGGAGUCGAUUCGGAGCAGAUGAUUCCGGGCCUUUCCGGAAGAUUGGAUAACCCUAGGGAUUCAAAUUUUGAGGAUGAUUGGGAAAGUGAGGAGAGUGAGGAUGAUUUGCAGAUAGUGUUGAACGAUAACAAUCAUGGUCCAGUCGGAAUGGCGGGGGUGAACGAUGAGGAUGACGAGGAUGGAGAGCAGUUGGUGAUUCUUGCGGAUAAUGGCGAUGUGGGCCACCACCACCAUCAACAGCCACAUCAGAUGAUGAUGGAGGAGCCGGAGUGGGGCGGCGAGGAAGGGGGACCAGCGGCAGAUGGAGACAAGGAUUUGGGUGAUGCCGCCAAGGCGAGUGGAGGAGGUGGCGGCGGUGCUGCUCCGACAGCGGUGCAGCCAAAGGUUGCUUACAGUAAUCAUGGGUUCCAUCAUCCUUUCCAUUCGCAGUUCAAGUAUGUGAGACCUGGCGCAGCACCUUUGCCUCCUGGAGGGAUUGCGGGUCCCGUUCGUCCACCUGUCAACAUGGCCCCUAUGGCUGGACGCGGAAGAGGUGAUUGGAGACCACCUGGAAUGAAAGGUGCUUUGCCCAUGCAGAAAGGGUUUCAUCCUGGUUACGGAGGAAUGCAGGCAGGUCGUGGUUUCGGAAGUGGCUUGGAUUUCACUCUUCCUUCACACAAGACCAUAUUUGAAGUCGACAUUGAUAGCUUUGAAGAAAAACCUUGGAAACUUCCGACGAUAGAUGUAUCAGACUUUUUUAAUUUCGGUUUGGAUGAGGAUAGCUGGAAAGAUUACUGCAAACAGCUGGAACAACUGCGGCUUGAGACGACAAUGCAAAGCAAAAUCCGUGUCUAUGAAAGUGGCAGAGCUGAACGGGAUUACGAUCCUGAUCUUCCACCGGAGCUUGCAGCAGCAGUUGGUAUCCAAGAUAUUCCACCCGAAAAUGCGAAUCGUGGGAAUACAGAUGCUGCUCUGACUGACAUAGCAAGAGCAAAUGCGAAUGGGCGGUCCCCUCUCCCUGUCGGCAGGCCAAUACCCGUAGAAUCUGGUGGUGGUGGUGAUCGAGUUCCGUCAGUUGAUAGUAACAAGCGUAUAAGAAUGCACGAUGCCGAUGUCGUUAUUGAGAUCAUUUGCCACAGUUCGGUCGAUGAUGAUGAAGUGGCAGAGCAGCAAGACGACGAGCCGCCAAGGAAGGAUGGUGAUGACGUGGCAGAGAAUGUGGAUAGCUUUUCACCAGCAUAUAACGGUCAGAAGAGGGAAUCUGGAUCAAGAAGAGCACAAUUAAAGAAGAACACUGUUAGUACCGAUAGGGAAACUGAUAUCCUUCAUGAGGACGAGAGGCGGGACGAUAAAACAAGUCCUACCUCGUCACCUUCAGCCACUGAAUCUGAUCGGGAAAAGCCCCCACCAGUUGAAGAUGAAAUGAACGAUGGACCUUUAUCGGACGAUCGAAGCUUUGAUAUGGAAAGAGAAAAAAUCGACGUGGAUACAAAAACUGAAGAUGGGAACUUGUUGUAUCCAACAAAGAAACAAAAACUCGGUUCACUCGCAGAACAGUUGUCCCAAGAGGAUGAUGAUGAUGACAUGGAAGACUCGAAGGCGGGAAGGAGCAGCGACACAACCAGCAAAGCGAGAUCUGGAAGUAGUAAAGAUUUCCGGAAGUUUCCGGAAGAUGCUGAUGAUGAAGUUCUUCAGGACAGACGCCCUCCUCGAGCAGGUUUCGUCAAGAGAGAAGUGGGGAAUGUGGACAGCUCUCGUAGAAAAGGUUAUUACGAGAGAGAUGAAACCGAAAGACACGUGGCAGCGAAAGGGAGAGAUUAUUCCUUUCCGCAUAGGCAUGUGGCGAAGAACGAGAGUACAGAGUGGAAAAAGGAAUACAGAGAUGCUGAUAAUCGUAGGGGAAGGACAAGGGAUAUGAGUAAGGGUAGAGAAAGUGAAAGUAGAAGCGAGAAAGACGAAAAUCACCAGUCGAGAAAUCAGAUGGAUAACGGUGGUAAUUGGAGGGGGGCUAGUCAUGAUCAUAAUCUUAAAAAUCGGAACGAAAAUGCCGACGCGUUUCAUAGCAAAAGAAGGAAAGAAGAGGUGCGUGUAAGUCAGGAGCGCGCUGAAAAGGAAGAUAUAUCCGAUAAUCACAGAGAGAAUAACAGCAGCCGAAGGAAGAGAGAGAGAGAUGAUGGCUCUGAUCAGAUCAAAAGAGAUGUACAUAAUAAUAGUAAUGCAAGGCAAAAAGAAGGGGGCUCGUCGUUUCAGAGGGAGAGGAUCGAUAGGCAGAGAGAGCGCGACGAAUGGUAUAGGAUUAAACAAGAGGAAAUUCCACCGAGGGAGAGAGAAGAAACCCGAUUGCAAAAGCCGAGAAUGAGUCAUUCGAGAGGGAAAGACGAUUAUAAUACGGGAUCGAGCAGAGAGUACCAUUCGAAGGAUGUUUAUGCUCGUGGGAGUCAACACAUCAAUGAUGAGAAGAGAGCAAGAUACGAUAGGCCUAAUAAUCGAGAUGGGCGUGUUAACUAUGGUUCCGAUACUUCGAGGGUGCACGAAGAAAAACGGAAAGAAAGUAGUAGAAAGAGUAAGGAAUUGGAUGGUGGAGAUCGCAGUUCGUUGAACCCUUAUAAGAGGAACCAGAACGAGCAUGGUGGCCAGAUAAGCAAGAAGGUGAACAUGAGAGGCAGAACCGAGCCACAAAGAGGUGAAGUCGACGUAAACCAUCACUCUUCCAAAAAACACAGAGAAGAGGUUUCGUCAGACGACGAACAGCUUGACUCGAAAAAGGGGCGCUCUAAAUUGGAACGUUGGACAAGCCAUAAAGAGAGGGAUUUUGGUGGGCCCACAAUGCCACCAUCCUUGCCCAACAAGCCGCCCGAAGAAUCUUCCAGAAAGAUCCAAGAUGCUAAGCCGCCACAGCCACCUUUGGUCGAAGAAAACGACACCGUUCCAGAAACGAAUAAUAAUAAUGUCAACCCUAAAGCAGCAACGGAGGAUAAUAACAAACACUUGGACACUGUUGAAAAGCUGAAGAAACGGAGCGAGCGUUUUAAGCUUCCUAUGAAAAACGAAAAAGAUGUCUCGACAACUACAGUCAAGAACAUCGAGAGCGAAAAGCAACCGACUUUGCCUUUGGUCCAAACUGAAACCCGCCCGACCGAUUCGGAGAUCAAGUCAGAGCGUCCAGCUCGUAAGAGGAGGUGGACUGGAAAUUAAAAAAAAAAAAAAAAGGGAACACGGGAAAAAGAGAUUUUUCGGCUGUGGUUGGAUAUUUAUGUUCGGUUUUUGUUUUUCGAACUACGGAUGUUUUCAUACACUUGUAAUUUUUAAGUUGUUAAAAUUGUGCGGCAGCUCGUGAUGUAGGGCUGUAUUUGGAUAUUCACGAAACGGGAAAAACCUGAUGCAGCCAUUGAUUCGGUUUUUGUGUCUUGACAAUAGUUCAUUAGCUUGUGUGUGUGUGUAUAUAUGUUAUACCUUAAAAAUUGUAGCAUUCUGAUUGGCUGCAGAUUAAUUAUCUGAAGUUUGUGUUUCAUGGAGAAGAAGCCUAAGUUACUAUAGUAUAUGAUUAGAUAGUUAGUUACUGUCUUGUAUCUGGAUACAUGUGUUUGCAUUUUUCAGUGGGAAAAUCAAUUUUGUUU